GGUUAUUGCAAGGUAAUGAACACCACCAUUUUUGUCUUCUUUGAUUGGUCAUGACACCACCAAGAUAGCGUGCAACUACUGCAACUACUUCCCACUUACUCAUUUUUUAAUCAGCCAUACUUGUUACCUAUUGAAGCACUGAAUUGCUUGUUUUCAACUGCAGGGCGUUUGUAACAUAUCCUUUCUUGAUUUAUUUGCUUUUUCACCAGAGCAUCAAUUUUCUGUUAAUGGCGUCCACUUCGACAUCUGGUCGAGGAGAGCAGGCAGCCGAUCCUUUUUUGGUACUUGAACCUCCCAAUAGAAAGAUAAAAUCCUCCUUGUCUGUGAAACAGUUUGAUGUAUUCAUCAACCAUCGAGGCCCAGAUGUCAAAACAACUCUGGCUCGGCAGCUUUACGAUUCUUUACAGAAAGCUGACAUCCGGGCGUAUCUAGAUUCGGAAGAGACUGAACUGGGAGACUCAAUUUCUUCCACCAUAAAGAAUGCCAUAUUCUCUGCCACAGUGCACAUAGCCAUUUUCUCACCGCGAUAUGCAGAGUCUGCUUGGUGCUUAGCUGAGCUAGCUUUAAUGUUUCAAACCCGGGCUAGAAUCAUUCCCCUGUUUUACCAUGUUCAGCCUUCAGACUUCCGCUACAUAAGAAAUGGAGUUGCAGAUGCAUUUUCCAAACACAAAGAGAAGGGCAGAUACCCUAGUCAGGACAUUGAACAGUGGAAAGAAUGCCUGCAGAACGUUUCAGGGAUCAUGGGCUACGAACUCAACGGACAGAAUGACGAUCUGAAUAAGCUGUGCUGUGACGUCGUGUCCGUCCUGGUGAAGGAGAAGCAUAAGAGAAAAAUUCCUUUCCUAGUUGCAAAAUAUGCUGUGGGACUUGAUGAGCUUGUGAAUGAUUUCCACAGCCAUUGCCAGAGAAAUGGGCAGAUGAAAGAUAGAGUAAUUGGCAUCUUUGGAAUGGGAGGAUCUGGCAAGACCACUCUCGCCAAAGACUUGUUCAAUCGCAAACAGUCAGAAUUCAGCGGAUCAACUAGUCUGUUUGAUGUGAGGGACAAACAUGCCAAAGGUGAGAUGGGUUCUUUGCAGUGUAAUCUUCUUAAAGAAUUGUUUCCUGAGCUUUUUAAAAAAUUGUUUCCUCGGAUAGGAAAAAGAUUUCCUAGUAUAGAAGAUGGAAUUGCUGCUGUCAAGGAUAUCCUUCAAAGGAGCCGCGAAUCAAGGUUCCUUAUAGUUAUAGAUGAUGUUGAUAAUCAGAUGCAGUUAGAUGCCUUAUUACCUAUGGAUGCCCUCAAUGCCAACAGUUUGGUGAUUGUCACAACUCGUGACGAGAGGCUUCUUAUACAGGCUGGAAUAAGAAUCCGUUAUAAGAUGAAAGAAAUGAAUCCAGAGCAUAGCAGAGAGCUCUUCUGCUGGCAUGCGUUUCAUAGACAAUCUUGUAAAAGUGGAUUUGAGAAUUUGGUAGACAGCUUUGUCGAAGUGUGUGGAGGUUUACCUCUUGCUCUUCGAGUGAUGGGUGGGGAUGUUUUUGGCAGUGACAAGGCUUAUUGGAAGUUACAAUUAGAUACUGUUAAGGCAAGACUACACAAAGACAUAAAACAUACACUCAAACUAAGCUAUGAUGCUCUGGAAGAAGAUCAAAAACAGAUCUUUAUGGAUAUAGCAUGCUUUUUCAUAGGGAAAAAGGUGAGCAGGGCCAUAAGUAUAUGGAAGGCUUCAAGGUGGAGAGCAGAACAUGCACUUCAGAUCCUCAAAGACAAGUGCUUGGUUGAAGUGCAACUUUGUGCUGAGUGGAACAAAGACGAAUAUGAGCCAGCAUUUGUUUUGAGAAUGCAUGACCACCUCCGCGACUUGGGAAGAGAAAUGGCAGACAAUGAAAUGAGCAAUCCUUGUCAGUUGUGGCAUCAUACAGAUCUCAUUUCACUGCAAAACAUUCUCAUGGAGUCCAAAAGAAAGAAUUUCAGAUAUUUCAAUGAAACUACUAAGCAGAUGACAUAUCUUCUGGAAACUUCAAAGACAUCAACCGAUUUACAAGGCUUGAACUUCACUCUAAUUCCAAUCAUCAGUAUAUUCCUGAAUGGAUUCCUCUACAAAAUCUGCACACUUUAAGAUUGGAAGGAGUAUCACCUGCAAAAUUGUGGCAAAGGGAUAACCAGGUUCCACUCAAGUUGAAAGAGCUAUCUUGCCGCUUUAAUGGUCAUUUUUUUCAACCCUUCACCCAAGAUAUGCUUAUGAGAGACUUAAAUGAACUGGUGAGUUCGUUUGGAAUUUUAAAACAUCUGGAAAGUCUGUACCUUCAAUUUGGACCUGAAUUUCAAAUCUUAGAAUGGAAUUGCUUGCUAAAACAUGUAAGAGAACUCACCAAUCUGAAAACUUUAGAGUUUGCAACCUUAAAUGUAGAAGGGGAAUUCAUUUUGAGCAACAGGGGACAGACAACUGAUGAUCAAUUUCGUAUGAGAAACCUUGAAGCCAUAACUCUGUGUUGUACAUUCAAAACAAGGAAGGUCUCAAUUAGUGGACAGUUGUGUCCCACGCUCAAAUCUCUUAAGCUUUAUUCUAUGGUAGAUCUAAUUGAAGUGGAUUUAACAGGGUUAACCACACUGGAAUGUCUGGUGCUGUUGGAUUGUGGAAAGUUGAGAAAAGUAUUGGGCAAUGAUCUGCCAGAGCUUGAAAUGUUCAGCAUAAAAUUCUGCUGGGCUAUCAGAGAGUUGCCAAAUUUUGGGCGUGCCAGUUGUCUCAAGAGGAUCUAUAUUCGACGCUGUCGGAACCUGGAGGAUAUAUCAGCUAUUGAAGGAAUUAAGGGAUUGAAGAUGAUAUGGAUUUCGUAUUGUCCAGAGUUGAAGAAUAUAAAAGCUAUUGAACAGUUGAAGGGAUUGAAGAGAAUCUGGAUUCAGGAAUGUACAAAGCUGCAGGGUGUAAUUUGCUUUAAAGAAUUGAAGGGAUUGAAGAGAAUCUUCAUUGGGGGUUGUACAAGGCUGCAGAGUAUACAAGGCAUUGAAUUUCUAAUAUGCCUGGAGAGCAUUAUCAUUACUGCAUGUCCGAAGUUACAGAAUUUAAUGGGUAUUGAAGAAUUGAAAGGAUUGAAGGAGAUGAUUAUUGCAGAUACUCCUAUAACAAGUUGCAUUGAAAGGUUGCAGAGAUUGCCAUGGGAGCUUAAAAUUCUAGUGGGGAGAUCAAACAUGGCAGAUUCAAUCGUAAAUGAAGAUGUACUCACAUGGAAUUUGCCCAGGGCACAUUUUAAUGCAGAUAAAAUUGGCGACACAUUGUCUAUGGCGGAUGGUUUCUGCGAAAUAGAGUGUGAGAAGAUCAGUAGGAAACUGUUGAGAAACAUGUGUCUCAACCUCGCAGUCUUUUUCUGGAAAAUUCCAGAAUUUGUUUGAGGUAGUUUUCCACAUGUUUAUGCAUUGGAAAAUGGUUAGUGAGUUGUUAAAAAUGAGUCUUGUCCAUAGUAGAAUAUAAGUGGGCCAUUUUUAGAGCCUUAAUGACUUAUUUUGUGACUUUUGAGAGGGUCUAAGCUAGGGGACAAAAUUAUGGACGGGAUUACCAUUUUAACCUGGUUGUUUUUCCAUUUUGGAAAUGUAAAUGUCAAAAAUGGGCACCAUGUGGCAUGGUGGUUAAGCCCAUGGUUUUGUAAAACUACAAGUGGUUUCCAGGUUGUAAAAUCACUAUAAAAUGAGGGCUUGGGGAGGAGUUUGAUCAUUAAGUUUUUGCAAGACUGGAUGCUAGAAGGAGUCUCUCUGAGUUCGAGUUGUGGUGAUGCACUCUUGUAAGAACUUGCAUUGCAAGUGUAUUGUAAUCAGCUUGAUUUGAUAAUACAUUGUGCGAGUUUUGGAGGGUGGGGUUUUUCUCCCAGAAGGGUUUCCCCACGGUAAUCACUGUAUUAUGUGUUCAUUGCUAUUUUGUUUAUGCUUUAUUAUGCAUUUCUUGAUAUCUUAGUAAUAUUUAAGUUGAAAGUUGCAUAACCGUCCUCUCAAGAUUAGCGUAGGAAGUGUUUCCGCACACCUUUGCUUCCUUACAGAAACAAGUAGAGGAGAUGAUCAAUUUGUUUCAUAAAACCCAACAUUCUCUCAGUACUUUUAUCUUUUGUGCUAUACUUAAUGGGUUACCUCAUAUAGGGAGCGACAUUUGUAAUGGGACCAGGGUUAUGGUCGAGGGGGUUCUUGACCGAACACAAACAAAUCUUUGCAAUGAUGGUGGAUAUUGGAUAUAUGUGUGUGUGGUUAAUGGAGAAAAGAUCUCAAAUUUUGACUCCUGGAUGUCAUCAAAAGAAAAGCUCUCAAAAUAUGACUCUCGAAUGCCAUCACAAGAUGAAGAGAAGGCAUUUUUAAUGGGAGUUAAGAAAGGUGAGGAAAGGAAAACCCUCCACAUAUUGCAGAGCUUAGUUGCUCAACUAUGCAUUAGCAAUAGAAUUGUGUCUAUCGACAACAAAGUCGAUGAGAAUGAGUAUGGUGAAGCGGGGAAGAUAAGUUUCUACUAUGAUGAUUUGGUUGAGUAUGUUGACCAGGAUGAAGAAUAUGAUAGUGGUGAUGAUGAUUGUAAUGAUAAUGUAAAUUUUAAUUGAAAUUUUGG